AGCGAAAGAGCGUGAACUUUGACGGGGGCAGAGAGCCCUUUUUUUUCAUUAGCUACAACUUUGUGGUUCGAUAAGCUCCCCGGAGGCAACACCACCGAGCUUUCAACCAGACACACCAUGAGCGAGACAGCGCGCUUGAAAUGUACCGUCUAUGUGGGGGGUCUCGACCAGGCGGUUACUAUGCAGACACUGGCCGAGGCAUUCGUUCCAUUCGGCGAAGUCGUUGAUAUUACCCUCCCAAAGCCCGAUGUACCAAACUCAAAUGAACUUCAUCGAGGAUUUGGUUAUGUCGAAUUUGAUGUUCCUGAAGAUGCGAAAGAAGCAAUCGACAACAUGGACGGAAGUGAGCUCUACGGGCGUACGAUAAAGGUUGCAGCCGCCAAACCACAGAAGGAUAGCAAUGAAGGUCUAGGAAGCAAGACAGCGAUCUGGGAACAGGAGGGCUACCUGGCCAAAUACGCAGUCAAUGAGGAAGAUAAGUUGGCGGCAGAACAGGCUCAGACGACAGCCAACGAUCGUUCUCACGACCCAAUGCAAGGAUUAGAAGAGCUGGACGUCGCUGGUCCGAAGCCCGAAUAAGUUCUGAAGACUCCAAGAUCAUGAAACAGGAAGCUGUGCGACAGUAAUAUCGCAAUAUUACCCCAUCAGAACCCUCUGUUCAAGCCGUACUAUAUACACGCGCUCCAACCAUGAGCCUGAGUAUUGUUUUUGAAAUUUCAAAUUCUUCCGCGACAUCAACUCUCCCGUGAAUAAUACAGACCGCCAACAAAAAUCACAUAAAAGGAUCGCGAUUGAAAUUGAAAUGAGGUAAUACAUUUUAGUGCUCACGGUCCUCAGGGCUGUUGCGGGAAAGACGCAGAGUCUUGUCAGUCAUGAGCUUCUUGGUGCUGGAGUAGAUGGCAGCUCCAACAGCGACGC